UGAGCAGGCCUGCCUGGUGGCCAGGAGGAGGACUGGCACCCGAGAGGGCACGAAGCCAUGCCCACCCAGCCCUGCGUAGCAUGACCGCUCUGGGAGGGCAGCUCCCGGGGCCCUGGCGGGGCUGCUGACCUACAGCCUAGAAAACGUUCCAGACUGGACUCCCGGCCCUGCAGCUCCAUCAUGAGGCUCCUCCUGGCGCCCCUCCUGCUGGCUUGGGUGGCUGGCACCACGGCCACUGUGCCUGUGGUCCCCUGGCGAGUGCCGUGCCCCCCACAGUGUGCCUGCCAGAUCCGGCCCUGGUACACUCCCCGCUCGUCCUACCGCGAGGCCGCCACCGUGGACUGCAACGACCUGUUUCUGACGGCCGUGCCCCCAUCGCUGCCCGUGGGCACCCAGACCCUGCUCCUUCAGAGCAACAGCAUCGUGCGCGUGGACCAGAGCGAUCUCGGCUACCUGGCCAACCUGACCGAGCUGGACCUGUCUCAGAACAGCUUCGCCGAUGCCCGCGACUGCGACUUCCUCGCCCUGCCCCAGCUUCUGAGCCUGCACCUGGAAGAGAACCAGCUGACCCGGCUGGAGGACCACAGCUUCGCGGGGCUGAGCGACCUGCAAGAGCUCUAUCUCAACCACAACCAGCUCUACCGCAUCGCCCCCCGGGCCUUCGCCGGCCUGGGCAACCUCCUGCGGCUGCACCUCAACUCCAACCUGCUGAGGGCCAUCGACAGCCGCUGGUUCGAGAUGCUGCCCAACCUGGAGAUCCUCAUGAUCGGCGGAAACAGGGUGGACGCCAUCCUGGACAUGAACUUCCGGCCGCUGGCCAACCUGCGCAGCCUGGUGUUGGCGGGCAUGGACCUGCGGGAGAUCUCGGACUACGCCCUGGAGGGCCUGCAGAGCCUGGAGAGCCUGUCCUUCUACGACAACCAGCUGGCCCGGGUGCCCCGGCGGGCGCUGGAGCAGGUGCCCGGCCUCAAGUUCCUGGACCUGAACAAGAACCCGCUGCAGCGCGUGGGCCCGGGGGACUUCGCCAACAUGCUGCACCUCAAGGAGCUGGGACUGAACAACAUGGAAGAGCUGGUCUCCAUCGAUAAGUUCGCCCUGGUGAACCUGCCUGAGCUGACCAAGCUGGACAUCACCAACAACCCCCGGCUGUCCUUCAUCCACCCCCGCGCCUUCCGCCACCUGCCCCAGAUGGAGACGCUGAUGCUCAACAACAACGCCCUCAGUGCCUUGCACCAGCACACAGUGGAGUCCCUGCCCAACCUGCAGGAGGUGGGUCUCCACGGCAACCCCAUCCGCUGCGACUGCAUCAUCCGCUGGGCCAACGCCACGGGCACCCGCGUCCGCUUCAUCGAGCCGCAGUCCACACUGUGCGCCGAGCCGCCAGACCUGCAGCGCCACCCUGUCCGGGAGGUGCCCUUCCGGGAGAUGACCGACCACUGCCUGCCCCUCAUCUCCCCGCGCAGCUUCCCCCCGAGCCUGCAGGUGGCCAGCGGCGAGAGCCUGGCCCUGCACUGCAGGGCGCUGGCCGAACCGGAGCCCGAGAUCUACUGGGUCACUCCAGCCGGGGUGCGACUGACAGCGGCCCGAGCGGGCAGGAGGUACCGGGUGCACCCCGAGGGCACUCUGGAGCUGCAGAGGGUGACGGCGGGAGAGGCAGGGCUGUACACCUGUGUGGCCCAGAACCUGGUGGGGACUGACAUGAAGACGGUCAGCGUGCGCGUUGGCCGCGCUCCCCUCCAGCCCGGCAGGGAUGAGGGAGCGGGGCUUCAGCUCCGGGUGCAGGAGACACACCCCCACCACAUCCUGCUGGCCUGGGUGCCCCCACCCAACACCGUCUCCACCAACCUCACCUGGUCCAGCGCCUCCUCCCUGCGGGGCCGGGGGGCCACUGCUCUGGCCCGUUUGCCCCGGGGCACCCAUGGCUUCAGCAUCACCCGCCUCCUUCCGGCCACAGAGUACUGGGCCUGCCUGCAAGUGACCUUUGCUGAUGCCCACACCCAGCUGGCAUGCGUGUGGGCCAGGACUAAGGAGUCCACUCCUUGUCACGGAGCCUUAGGGGACCAGCCUGGGCUCAUAGCCACCCUGGCGCUUGCCAUCCUCCUGCUGGCAGCUGGGCUGGUGGCCUGCCUUGGCACGGGCCAACGGAGGAAGGGGGUGAGCAGGCGGCCACUCCUUCCAGUCUGGGCUUUCUGGGACUGGAGUGGGCCUUCGGUCCGGGUGGUGUCAGCACCCCUAGUCCUGCCCUGGAAUCCAGGGAGGAAGCUGUCGAGAGCCUCAGAAGGAGAAACACGGUUGCCGCCACUGUCUCAAAAUUCCUGAAGCGCUGCCUGUCCUCAGCAGUGGGGAGAGGGCUCGGCUGCUUCUCACGGACAGAGAAGCAGCCCGGGCCAGACGGGCCCUCCAGAGAGGAGCCCAGACCCUGGGGCCCAGCAGUAAGGCUGGACGAGCAGGGCUCUGUCGCCCCAGACACAAUCCUGCGGCCUCCACAGCGCAGCCCUUGCUUUUGUGGGGAGCUCUCUGCUGCCCUGUGAGGAAUGCGCACGCAGAACAGGAAGGAGCCCCAAGAAGCCGCCUGCCUUCCCCGUGGACAUGCCCAGAGGCUCCUGGCCUCAGCUUGGAUGCCCGCCCCCCACCUGUGUCCAGGGAUGCCUCCCCUUCUCUGUACAGUCUGCAUUGCUUGCUGUUCCCCCACCUGGGCAAGGGCUGGAGGAGGCUCUUCCUCCCCCACGCUGGGGACCGCUCUCAAAGUGGAAGUCACCCUCCUCUGGCGGGAUCUGAAGCCCACUUGGGGAGAAGACGCCCAGGCACUGCCCGUCUCUCAGCACCCAGGCUUGGUGUGAUGGGGCUGACUUUCUGUUGGCAAUUUUGUACCUUUGUGGAGACAAGUGUCACCUCCCCCAACCCAAUUCUCUCUUUUCUCCUGUUUUGUAAAAAUAAAUAAUAACGAUAACAAUAAGAAGGGGGGGAGACAUGAAA